UGAGGGUUGCCAUGUGAGCUAUUGCGGGCUUUCGUUUUUCGACUGUGGUAGUCGUUUCGAAUUACUGCUGGAGAUCAUGGCAUCUGCGAAACAGGAUAUUGCUACGUAUAAUGUAACUUAUUUAUUACGUCAGUGGGAUUGUUCAUCUGAAGAAAAACGUCGUCAGCUUCUUGACGAUUUCAUUAAACAAUACUAUGAUUGUACUGGACCUGAUUUAGAAUCAGAAUUCGCCCAAAUGGCUAGUUUGUUUUUGGCUAGAAUAUGCGUAUGGAUAAAAUUAACUUACAUGUCAGGAACUUGUCUAACAGAACAGCUUCAAGCCCUUCAUAUAUUUUUAUCAGCUUCAAACAGCUAUAGUUAUUUACUAGAGUUUUUGGAGCAUGGUGGUGUAUUGUGUUUACAGGAAGUAUGCAUUUCAUCAAGUGCAAAAGAAGUGGAUAAACGUUGGGCGCUUAAAGUAUUAUCUUGCGUUGCCAAUGGUGGUACACAUUAUAAGGAGACAAUUUGUGAAUGUUAUGGCAUUCGUGCUGUUGCUGAAUGUAUGGCCAAGUCAAAGUCAGAGGAAACACAAGAGUCUGCUAGAGAUUUAUUAGAAAUAUUAGCUGAAGGCAAUCCUCGUUUCUCUGAUCAAGUUUACAAAGGAUUAAUUGGCGUUUUACCAUGUAAUUCACCAAAAGCUCAACAAUUAGCACUUCAAAGUAUACGAAUUUUACAGGCAAAGCGUAAUACUGCCAAUAGGGCCUUAAUCGACAGAAUAAUCUACUUACUGGAGUCAUUGCAUUUGGAAGUCCAAUCAGCAGUUAUUGAAUUACUUCGUGUUCUGAUGGGAUUCGAUAUUGCUGAUGAUAUAUUAAUGGCUUUAAUUACAUUGUUAAAACCUCAGCAUGAAAUACAGCUGGGCAAAUUAUUCACUGAAGCAACAUCAGAUGAUAACGAUGAUGAAAUAAGUUCAUCUCAUAUGGACAGUAAUGAGGAAAGUUAUCCUUCUCAUCCUAUCCCGUUAGAUAGUCGUAAUAUUAGUGGCAUACCACAAAUGAAACCUCUAUCUAUGAGCAAUACAAAGUCAACUAAAUUAAAUGUCAAAUACCCUAGCAUUUGUGCUAACGGUAACAGCGGUAAAACAGAAAAAACGAUGAAAAAGAAUCAUAGACAUCAAAAUCAGGGGUCAGAUUCAGAAUUCGAUGGUAAUCAACCAUUAUCGGUGUUUGUUCAACAAGCAGCUGCAGCUAAAUGUCUACGGUAGGCAAUAUUCAAUAACUGUUUAUCUACUUGUUCUUGCAUAUUUUGGCUACUAAUACAAACUGGUUCGUGUAGUCUUUUUAGUACCCCGGAGUUAGUGAACUCUGUCCAUGAGCUCACGCGGGCGGUGAAGUAGAGACCGGUUUUACCACCCGCUCUAUCACAGAUGGAGAUCAAAUUAAUCAUCCACUCUGUUUUAAAAUCUGAUUAGUAGGAAGGGGCAGUUAACUUUGUAUUGAUGUGUGUGAGGUGUAGUGCUGGAGAAAAAAUUCCUUUCGGUGCCUGAUUGGAUUCGUUUUGGAAAGGCUCAUUAGGUCUGUCAGGAGUGGGACAGAGCGAAGACUAUAGACUGUGCUGUAAUUAGCGCGUAGGGGUCGACACCAAACUUGCUUGCGAUAUGAGCGUGAUGAAAGCACGUCGUCAGUGAUGACUUGUAUCCGAAUUGAUUUGGUUGUUUGUUAUCCAUUAAACUUUAGGUAACCACUGGGCUAUGGCUUGGUGAGUAUACUUUGGAGUGUAUAGACCUUGAUCUAUGCACUCUAUAUGUGCAUGUAAGGUAUACUUGUGAGCGAUAACCUCUAUACCUAUGUGUGUGUCAUGGAAUGUGUAGAUCUCGGUCCAUGUGUUCUACAUAUACAUUUAACUUAUACUUGUGACUGCGCGCAUCAAUGCUCAUUGCGUACUGAAGAAUGCAUGUUUUUAGUGCGCACAUUCUAAGUAAAUAUACAAGACAUACUUGCGACAGUUCCACGUCCCAUACUGAUAUAUUAAUUGUAUCUCUAAACGCACUUUAGGUGUUAGCAAGUUUCUUAAAGUAAUAGGAAAGUGUGGACUGUAACAACCGUCUUCACUACAGAUAUCGAUUUCCUCUACUGGCAUAUAAAACGCAGCAGAGUGAACUGUUAAUGCAUCUGUUUGCUUUGCUUUCUCCAGUGGUUCGAUCUCGCACACUUUUCUUUGAAAUGUCUCUUCUUUUUUUCUGAAAGGCCUACGAGCUUCUACUUUUCUGGGCGGGAAUACUACUACUACUACUACUACUACUACUACUACUACUACUACAGUGAUUUAAUCCAUAUCAAAUCUUUUAUAUUUCAGCCUAAUGGCCUAAAUAAGUAGAAUAACCAAUUUACUAUUGUAACGGAUACAAUGAUUGAGAAUUAUUUCAUUCUUAAUUUUUAAGUCUUUUUUUGUGAAACAAACAACAACUAUUACUUUAUUAUUCGAUUAACUCCUGACAUUUUGGAAAUACUUCGCUGAAGUUUCAUCUGUCUAACCUGCAUCAAUACCUGAACUAAGCAUAGGGAGUGAAGUAGUCAAACGCGUCAACAAUUUCACUUAUCUUGGAAGUCUGAUC